AUGGUUCUCGCUGCUCGGUGCGGGCAGGCUACGUCCGCCCUCCUGCGUCAACGAUGCCUCGCUGAGACCCGUCGCUCUGCGCUGGCUCUGCGCUCUUUCACUUCCCAGAGCACCACUCGUUCCACAGCAUCGGCACUCCGAUUGCAACAGAAGACCCCUUCGCCAUGGCGAUCGCAGCAGCUGCGCAACUUCUCCAGCGCUCUCUGCCGCCUGGCUGCCGAGUCGUCCUCCACCGGUGACAGCUUGUUCUCCAGCGGACUUGUCAACCCCGGUGCCAACCUGGUCGAUGUCAAGAAGGUGCUGGUCAUUGGUAGUGGUGGUCUGAGCAUUGGUCAGGCCGGAGAGUUCGAUUACUCUGUAGCCGGACGAGCUAAAGGAAUGACGGAACCGCCUGCUGACGCUUAUGCUCUUAAUUCAGGUUCCCAGGCCCUCAAGGCUCUCAAGGAAGCCGGUGUCCAGUCGGUUCUGAUCAACCCGAACAUCGCUACGAUUCAGACCGACCACAAGCUCGCUGAUGAGGUUUACUAUCUGCCCGUCACUCCGGAGUACGUGACAUACGUUAUCGAGAGGGAGCGCCCUGACGGUAUUUUCCUGUCCUUCGGUGGUCAAACCGCCCUGAACCUCGGUGUGCAAAUGAACCGCAUGGGUACCUUUGAGCGUUACGGUGUCCGGGUGCUUGGUACCAGCAUCAAGACUCUGGAGACCAGUGAGGACCGUGACCUUUUCGCCAAGGCACUUAACGAGAUCAACAUUCCCAUUGCCGAGUCUAUCGCCGUCGGUACUGUCGAUGAAGCUCUGAAGGCCGCUGAGGAAGUUGGCUACCCCAUCAUUGUUCGCUCCGCCUACGCUCUCGGUGGUCUGGGUUCCGGCUUCGCGAACAACCCCGAGGAGCUGAAGAACUUGGCUUCUCGCUCCCUGACUCUGUCUCCUCAGAUUCUGGUCGAGAAAUCUCUUCGCGGCUGGAAGGAGGUCGAGUACGAAGUCGUCCGUGACGCUUCCAACAACUGCAUUACUGUUUGCAACAUGGAGAACUUCGAUCCUCUGGGUAUCCACACUGGUGACAGUAUUGUAGUCGCGCCUAGUCAGACUCUGUCUGAUGAGGAGUACCACAUGCUCCGUACCGCUGCCAUCAAGAUCGUCCGCCACCUUGGUGUUGUCGGUGAAUGUAACGUCCAGUAUGCUCUGCAGCCUGAUGGACUUGACUACCGUGUUAUCGAGGUCAACGCUCGUCUCUCACGUUCCUCCGCUCUGGCCUCCAAGGCCACUGGAUACCCUCUCGCGUAUACCGCUGCGAAGAUUGGCCUGGGUCACACUCUCCCCGAGCUCCCCAACGCCGUCACCAAGACUACCACCGCCAACUUCGAACCUAGCUUGGAUUACAUCGUUACCAAGAUUCCCCGCUGGGAUCUGAGCAAGUUCCAGCACGUCAACCGUGACAUCGGCAGUGCCAUGAAGUCUGUCGGUGAGGUCAUGGCUAUUGGUCGUACCUUUGAGGAGUCUUUCCAGAAAGCGAUUCGUCAGGUCGAUCCUCGCUUCGUUGGAUUCCAGGGCGACAAGUUCGAGAACCUGGAUGAGGUUCUUAAGAACCCUACCGACCGCCGCUGGUUGGCUGUUGGCCAGGCUAUGCUCCACGAGAACUACUCCGUUGACAAGGUCCACGAGCUGACCAAGAUCGACAAGUGGUUCCUCUACAAGCUCCAGAACAUUGUUGACAACCACAACGAACUCAAGGAAAUUGGCAGCCUGUUUGGCAUCAACAAGGAGAUGAUGCUGAAGUCCAAGAAGCUCGGUUUCUCUGACAAGCAGAUUGCCCAGCUUGUCGGUGCCUCUGAAGAUGAUGUCCGCGCCCGCAGGAAGGGAUUCGGUAUCAGGCCCUGGGUGAAGAAGAUCGACACUUUGGCUGCCGAGUUCCCUGCCGACACCAACUACCUCUACACCACAUACAACGCUACUUCCCACGAUGUUACCUUCGACGACCAUGGAACCAUCAUUCUCGGAAGCGGUGUGUACCGUAUUGGCAGCUCCGUCGAGUUCGAUUGGUGUGCUGUCAACGCUACACUCUCUCUGAGGAACAUGGGCAAGAAGACUGUCAUGAUUAACUACAACCCUGAGACUUACUCCACUGACUUCGACACCGCCGACAAGCUGUACUUCGAAGAGCUCAGCUACGAGCGUGUCAUGGAUAUUUAUGAACUCGAGAGCGCUAGCGGCGUUGUUGUCUCUGUCGGUGGCCAGCUCCCUCAGAACAUUGCCCUCCGCCUCCAGGAGACUGGCGGUGCCCACGUUCUCGGUACUAACCCCAAGGACAUUGAUAACGCUGAAGACCGUCACAAGUUCUCUCAGAUCCUCGACAGCAUUGGUGUUGACCAGCCUGCCUGGAAGGAGCUCACCUCUGUUUCGGAGGCUGAGCGUUUCGCUGAGACUGUUGGCUACCCCGUCCUGGUCCGUCCCAGUUACGUUCUCUCCGGAGCUGCCAUGAGCGUCAUCCACAGCCAGGAUGAGCUCAAGGAGAAGCUCCUGAACGCUUCCGCCGUCUCUCCCGACCACCCCGUUGUUAUUACCAAGUUCAUUGAGGGCGCUCAGGAAAUCGAUGUGGAUGCUGUUGCCUCCAACGGAAAGCUCCUUCUGCACGCCAUCAGUGAACACGUUGAGCCUGCUGGUGUUCACUCCGGUGAUGCCACCCUCGUCCUUCCCCCUGCUUCCCUUGAGAAGCCCGUCAUGAGCCGUGUCAAGGAGAUCGCCGAGAAGGUUGCCAAGGCCUGGAACAUCACCGGUCCCUUCAACAUGCAGAUCAUCAAGGCCGACCAGGAAGGUGCUAAGCCUGAGCUCAAGGUCAUCGAGUGCAACCUCCGUGCUUCUCGUUCUUUCCCCUUCGUCAGCAAGGUUCUCGGAACCAACUUCAUUGACGUCGCCACCAAGGCCCUCGUUGGCCGUGACGUUCCUGAGCCUGUCGAUCUUAUGGAGGUCAAGCGUGACUACCUCGCUACCAAGGUUCCCCAGUUCUCCUGGACCCGUCUAGCCGGAGCCGACCCCUUCCUUGGCGUCGAGAUGGCCUCUACUGGUGAGAUUGCUUGCUUCGGUAAGGACGUUGUCGAGGCCUACUGGGCUUCCCUGCAGUCCACCAUGAACUUCCGUGUGCCUGAGCCUGGUGAGGGUAUCCUGCUGGGCGGUGAUAUCACCAACCCUGCUCUGGCCCAGAUCGUCGACUACCUCCAGCCUCUAGGCUUCAAGUUCUUUGCUGCCAGCCCCGAGGUUAAGGAUCACAUCGAGUCCGCUACCAAGGAGAACACCCCAGUCCAGGUGAUUGAGUUCCCCAAGAAGGACAAGCGUGCCCUCCGUGAGGUCUUCCAGAAGUACGACAUUCGCGGCUGCUUCAACCUUGCCAAGACCCGUGGCAAGACCCUCCUCGACGAGGACUACGUUAUGCGACGAAACGCUGUUGACUUCGGUGUUCCUCUCUUCAUGGAGACCAAGACUGCCCAGCUCUUCGCUCAGGCUAUGAACCAGAAGCUCCCCCGUGCUGAGGGUAUUCCCUCUGAAGUCAGGACCUGGUCCAACUUCGUCGGCGGCAAGCUUCUGUCCGACUCAGCUCCUCUGCCAUCAGUCCUAUCUAAAACCACUCCAGGGCCGGCUCCGAACGGUUUAGGGAGAGGCCUGUUUGCAACAACUGAUCUCCGCGCCUGCGAUGACGUGCUACACGUAGAGAACCCAUUCGUCGCAGUAUUAGAAACCGAUCGACUUGAUUAUACCUGCUCCGGAUGCUUUGGUAAGAAGCAGGAAGAAAUCACUGCCUUCGAGAAGGAAAACGAGCGUACAUUGAAGGCCUGUGCAGGAUGCCAUGUCGUUAAGUACUGUGAUAAGACAUGUCAAGCAAAGGAUUGGAAGCUUUCACACUCUAACGAAUGCGCUAUCUACGAAAAACUGAAACCGAGAGUUCUCCCAAUCAAUGCCAGGGCGCUCUUGCGGAUGGUGCUGCGCACGAACGCAAAGAAGAACGCCUUCACAAAGGAGGAACUACAGCUAUUCCAUUCUCUAGAGACACACAUUGCCGACAUACGUAAGGAAAACAAGGAACAAUGGCAACGCAUUGCCCUCACGUCGAAAGCAGUGAAGGAAUACUCGGGGACAGAGUUGGAGGAGGAAUCGAUAGCAGCUUUUUGUGCCAAGCUUGAGUUGAACUCUUUCAACCUAACCAAUUCUCGGUACGACCGAAUCGGUGUAUAUGCACAUCCUUACGCCGCCCUGAUCAACCACAACUGCGACUACAAUGCGGUUGUGGCAUUCGAUGGCCCUGAGCUUUACAUAAAAGCCCUCCGUCCCAUUGCCAAAGGCGAGCAGAUUUUCAUCUGCUAUGUCGACACCACGUAUCCCGCGCAUAUACGACGAAAAGAGCUGCGCGAAAGAUUCUAUUUCCAGUGUCAAUGCGGCAAAUGCUCACGCGAGAAAACUCCGGACGCGAAGGUCGGUUUGCAAGCGCAAGCGUUGUCCAUUGCCAACAAGCUCAAUGAGAAUCUUCCCGACAUGACUAAAAGGCAGCCACUUUUAUCGACCAUUGAGGCUCUCCUUGAGAACAACUGGCCAGUAAGGCAACAGCCCUUCCCCUAUCUACUCGGCGAAUUGGUUGCGGCCGAUUUGGCGGCUGGCAAGACUGGGAAUGCGUUCGUAUGUGACGUUUUCCGAUAUGAUCUUGAUAAAGACGUGUAUCCGCAUGAAGCAAAUCCACUUCGUGCCUUGCAUAUCUGGUCUGUGGCCUCGACUGCAAUGCAUUUAUAUGCACAGUCCAUGACAGACGCUCCGCUUCAGCCUCCAAAAAUCGCCAAAAGGUAUUGGGAGAAGUCCGUUGCGUCUAACAUCAAGGUGAACUAUGGCUUGAUUGCUUUCACUCUGCUGAACACGCUUGUCCAGCGGGAGGAGAAAUAUUGCACAGUUCCUGGAUUCAGAAUGAUCAUUCGAGAAGCCUUCGCGCAGAUACAAGCCGAGUUCAUCAAGCCCGGAGUGGAUGUGAACAACUUGCUUGGUAGGGCGAGACAAGAGUGGGACAAGGUCGUGAAGACGAUCGUUUCUAUGUUUUAA